AAAAAGAGGCCCUUGGUCGCACGGUUGGUUUGCAUCAUGUAGCUCGACGCCAGUUCAAACAAGGUGACUGAAAUUGCAGUUUGAUCCCUAAAGAAAGUUCUAAUUUUGAAGCAAGUCCCUCAACGAACGGCUGGGACUGGGAGGGACCCUUGUUUCCAGUUUGAACUGAGCUACCUGAUCCAUAUUUGGCGUUCAGCGUCUGAGUCUGCAGCAAAAGCAAGCCCUCGUGAUCCUCCAAUUCUUUAUCUAUAAACGACAAUGGCCCAAAUCGAAAAUGGGUAUCUCUCUCUCUUUCUUUGCGCUGUUACCUAACGCUCUUCCAUUUUCAAAUUACAAUAUGUAAACGCUUGGCUCAACCAAACCCACUUAGUCUUUCCCCAUUUUCUUCUCAUUUGACCAGUCAUCUUCUUCCUCACAACCCCUUUUUCCCUUUUUUCCCUUUUCCAACAUUCCGAUUCUGCAACCCCAUAAGUUGUUUUGAAGCUAUGAAGUGCUUCCACUUCACCAAUGGUGAGAGAAGGGAUGAUGAAGACGGUGUCGUUUCUAGAGCUUCAAAGGUCUCCUGGGCUCGCUCGCUUAGUAUGGCUUCUAGCACGUUUGAUACCAGACGGUCUGAGUUUGACUCUGACUAUUCUAGGGAUUUUUCUGACUCGAUUGGGUUUUAUGAGUUUUUGACUCACCGGAGAGCCAAUGAUUUGCGGGUAUUUUCUUUUUCCGAGUUGAGAUCGGCCACUCGAGGGUUUAGUAGAGCGUUGUUGAUUGGCGAGGGAGGUUUUGGGUGUGUAUUUAAAGGAGUUGUUAGGGCUUCUGAAGAUGGUAAUGGUGGCUCUAAUUCCAAGUCGGAUUUGAAGAUGGAGGUUGCUGUUAAACAGCUCAAUCGCAAUGGCUUCCAGGGGCACAAGGAGUGGAUCAACGAGGUGAACUUUUUGGGCGUGGUGAAGCAUCCGAAUCUUGUGAAAUUGGUUGGAUACUGUGCAGAAGAUGAUGAAAGGGGAAUGCAAAGGCUUUUGGUUUAUGAGCUUAUGCGCAACAGGAGCUUGGAAGACCAUCUUUUGGUUAGAGUAUCUCCACCAUUGUCAUGGUUGGCAAGGCUUAAAAUUGCUCAGGAUGCUGCUCGUGGCCUUGCAUAUCUACAUGAAGAAAUGGAUUUUCAGCUAAUUUUCCGCGAUUUAAAAGCUUCAAAUAUCCUGCUAGAUGAAGAAUUUAAUGCAAAGCUUUCAGAUUUUGGACUCGCCAGACAGGGUCCUCCAGAAGGAAUCAGUCAUGUGUCAACAUCGGUUGUGGGCACAAUAGGCUAUGCAGCUCCAGAGUAUGUUCAAACUGGCCGGCUGACUGCAAAGAGCGAUGUGUGGAGUUUCGGAGUAGUUCUCUAUGAACUCAUUACAGGUAGACGAGCCGUGGAGAGAAACCUACCUCGCAACGAGCAGAAGCUUUUGGAAUGGAUUAAACCAUAUGUCUCAGACCCUAAGAAAUUCCACCUCAUUGUCGACCCACGGCUUGAAGGAGAAUGCAACAUCAAGUCAGCACAGAAACUUGCAUCACUGGCUAACAAAUGCCUAAUGAAGCAGCCUAAGAAUCGCCCAAAAAUGAGUGAAGUCGUCGAUAUUCUUGGUAACAUCAUCAGCGAAACAUGUCAAGAUCAUGAAACAGUUGUUCAACCCGUCGAGGGAACCGUCGAAACAAAGGAAGAAACUGUAGAGGAGGCCGAAGUUGAACCUGCUAGUAUGAGACAUAGAAAUAGUCAUCUAAAGAAGGUUUUUGAUUUUAAAGAUAUGGUGAGUUUAAGAAACAAAUCUUUUGGGAAGUUAGAUUGGAGAAAUUGGACACCUGGAUUGGUGAGAACUUGGUGAAAAACCAAGCUCAUUCUUUUACUCUCCUACUUUGGUAAUGAAAGCAUAAUAUAUGGAGGGCCUUCCUCCUUUUUCUCUGUUUUAUGGUAUACCUGUAAAAAUCCAAGGGAAUAGUAGAUUUCAGUUGGCUCACUUCACUACAUUGUUUCCAAAAUUUCUCCUUUCUGAGGAACAAAUUUUCUUAGGGGUCAAUAUAUACAGAUUUUUAACUUAAAAAA